UAUUACGGAGCCGGGACUCCUGAGAAAUCUACCAGUCCGAAAUCUACCCGUAGUCCACAUCCCCUUCACAGGCCUUCCCCGUGUGGGAGCCUCCGGUCGGUCCGGGCCCCUUCCUCCCACAGGGCUUCCCCGAAAGGCCCCACCUUCCUCCUCCCUGGAGUCGGAAGAUCGGGCGACCUCGUCAUUUAGACUACAGACCGGGAGCCCACGGCAACCGUCCGAUCAUCGGAUCGUUCCCGAGCGUUUCGCCCAAUCACCGUGUGCUACUGCAAAACGCUCCAAUCCGUCGUGGAGCUGGGGCCGGCGGGGGAGGUGCCGGAGCCUCCCCCUAGGGGUGGGGUGGAGGUGGGGGGUAGGGGUCACCUCACCUGUCGGCCCGGCCGGAGGUAGCCUCGGGGAGGGAUACCGAUGGGGUCGGCGGCGGCACCGAGAAGGGUCUUCGCCCGGCAUCUCCGCGGCCGGGCGAGACCCGGGUCGGAGGACACAGGAGCCGUGUGGUGGUGCCUGCUGAUGGUGCUCACUGCGGCCUGCAGAUCCGCCCGGGCCAUCCACGUGGACACCCCCGUCAAGCUGGUCAAGGCCGCCCGCGGGGGCAGCGCCGAUCUCCCGUGCACCUUCCAGACCAGCGCCGACAAGCUGUACGGAUUCAUCAAGUGGGACAAGCCCCUGGAAAACCCCUCGGAGAAGGUGAUCAUCUGGACCUUCCACCCGGAGUCGAGCAACUUCGGCCCCAAGUUCCUCAACCGCGUCAACUUCACCGGCAACUCGAAGAACGAGGCGUCCAUCCGCAUCGGCCCCCUCAACAUGGAGGACAACGGCACUUACGAGUGUUCCCUGAGCUUGUUCGGAGACUUAGAUGGGCAGGAUCAGGCCAAGAUGGAGCUGAUCGUCCUGGUGCCGCCCUCCAAGCCGGACUGUGCCAUCCAGGGGGAGGCGGUGCUCGGAAACGACGUGGAGCUGACGUGCCACUCCAGGGAGGGCUCUCCGGCCCCCAAGUACACCUGGAAGAGUUUCAACAUCCUGAACGAGCCCCGCCCCAUCACCGGCCCAACCACGGGCCAGAGCAUCUCCCUGAAGAACAUCUCCACCGAAACCUCCGGCUACUUCAUCUGCACGGCCACCAACGAGGUGGGGGACGAGUUCUGCAACAUCACCCUCGCCGUCCGCCCUCCCUCCAUGAACAUCGCCUUGUACGCGGGCAUCGCGGGGGGCAUGGUGGCGGCCCUGAUCGUCUUGGGCGUCAUCAUCUACUGCUGCUGCUGCCGGGGCGGCAAGGAGGAGGACCAGAGGCCAAGUCGAGAUGGCUACCGGGAGCCCCCGCAGCGGUUCGAGCAAAUGCGGAGGGAUGAAGGGUCCAGAGACGACGACGACCAGAGGUGGAACUGACCACACGCCAUCCCCACCCCCCGCUCCCCGGCUUCGGAAGGGCAGCCGCGGGGGGAUACGAGUUGAGGUGAGGUGGGCUGGCGGCCCGCGGCGGCCGGGAGCCAAGGACGAAGGGCGUGGUUUUUUUUUAACGAGAGGUAUUUUUGUAAAACCCGCCCGGUUCUCUGCUUCCUCGAGGCAUUAAUGUCUGCCGGGAGGCAUUAAAGGUUUCUACCCACUG